AUGGACACACAAGUCGAAAGCGCAAUCGAACUUGCUUUCAACCCCACCACCGACAACGCCGUCAAAGCCCAAGCAUAUGACUUUCUGAACCAGCUCCGAGGCGCUUCAGAUGCCUGGCAAGUCUGUCUGACCCUCUUCACGAGGCACCCCGCGCCAUCGGAAGUCGUCCGGCUGGUCUGUCUGGAAAUUGUGAACAAUGCGGUGCAGACGCAGCGAUUGGAUCAUGCUGGGCUGAACGAGACACGAUACCGCUUGAUGGAAUACAUCCGUAGACGCUACGUCUCCGAUUCUGCAGAGCUGGAUACCCCGACUAUACAGAACAAGCUUACUCAGACCGUAACCUACCUCUUCACCUCUCUCUACGCCUCUGACUGGGCGGACUUCUUUGACGAGUUCAUUGCUUUGUCGGGUCCUAACGCCGCUACCAAUGGCCCAGGUACGGUUCUUCUCCUGCGGAUCUUGGGCUCCAUUCACGACGAGAUUGCGGAUGUAAUGAUACCACGGACUCCUGAAGAGCAGAGACGAAGCACGGAGUUGAAGGAUCUGGUGAGAGCAAGAGAUGUGAACAAGAUUGCAACGACAUGGCAAGAGAUCCUCUCCCAGUGGAGGCAGAUUGAUUUGGGAGUGGUGGAAAUGUGUCUCCGGACUAUUGCCAAAUGGGUCAGUUGGAUCGACAUUUGGCUGGUCAUCAAUGAGAGGAUCCAGACUGCGCUGCUCGAAAUUGCUGGGCAGCAAGGCACCUUUGGCGCGGAGAGCAAGGAGGCAAAGGCUCGCGACGCGGCUAUCGACACCUUCACUGAGACGGUGGGCAAGAAGAUGCAACCUAACGACAAAGUCGAGUUGAUCAAUUACCUGAACCUCGGCGCCAUUGUGGGCCAGCUUGUGGCUAGUCCAGCGCUCUCUGAGCUGCGCAAUACGCCAGACUACGAUACAGAUCUGGCGGAGACUGUUGCGAAGCUGGUCAACAAUGUCGUCUUCGAUAUCGUCAAAGUCCUGGAUGGCAGUGAGAAUAUCGAUGACCAGACGAGAGCCAAGGCAGACCACCAGCUUCAGACCUUUGUGCCGCAUUUGCUGCGUUUCUUCUCUGAUGAAUACGAUGAGAUCUGCUCUGCGGUCAUCCCUUCCCUGACUGACCUGCUCACCAUGUUCCGGAGGAUCGUCCAGAAAUCGAAGGCCAGCUUGCCAAACAACUACUCAGGCAUGCUGCAACCCAUCUUGGACACCAUCAUCAUCAAGAUGAAGUAUGAUGAGACCGCUUCGUGGGGCGACGAGGACGAGCAGACAGAUGAGGCCGAAUUUGAAGAUCUGCGGAAGCGACUGCACGUCUUGCAGCAGACAGUGGCGGCUGUGGACGAUACACUUUACAUGGACACACUCACGCGAGUUGUGGCUACUACCCUUGCUCGCUUGUCGACAGACGACAGUCCAAACUGGAGAGAUCUCGACCUUGCUUUACUAGAGAUGCAUCACUUCGGCGAGCUUGCGAUCAAGAAUGGCGGCCUCUACACAAAGAGCAAACCAUGCUCGGAAGCGUCGUCUCGUCUGGUGGAAAUGAUGUCGACUUUGGUCGCUUCCGAUCUGGCUUCGUACCCUCAUCCUGCAGUACAGCUGCAAUACAUGGAGAUCUGUGUGCGGUACGAGCAGUACUUCGAGCAAAACUCCAACAGCAUACCAAAGGUCCUCGAACACUUCGUCACGCUGGUGCAUAGCGAGCAUAGCAAAGUACGGCUACGGUCUUGGUACCUUUUCCAGCGUUUCGUCAAGCACCUCAGAGCUCAGCUCGGCGAAUACGCGCAGACGGUGGUGCAAGCCAUUGCUGAUCUGCUUGUCAUCCAGGCGGAGAUGCCUGCCGCUAAAGAAGAAGAUGACGGCUCCUCGGACUCCAACACACAGUCCUCAGAUGCUACCUUUCAGAGUCAGCAGUACCUGUUCGAAGCGAUUGGACUGGUUGCUUCGACGCAGAAUGUGCCAACGCCGACGAAGGUGGCCAUUGCUAAGACCGUCAUCGAUCCACUGUGCACUGAUCUUAGCAAUACUAUACCAUCUGGGAGGAAUGGGGAUGAGAGGGCAGUCCUUCAGGCACACCAUAUCAUCACUGCGCUUGGCUCACUUGCUAAUGGCUUCUCGGACUGGUCGCCUGGAGUUUCGACGGGCGGUCCACCGCCGUAUGAGGUAUCUCAAGAGUUUGUUGGCGCGAGCGAUAGCAUUCUUGUCGCCUUGGAGAACCUCAAGCGGCACUCCGAGCUUCGUGCUGCGGCCCGACAUGCAUUCUCACGCGUUCUGGGAGUUCUUGGAUCGCAUGUCUUGCCACAGUUGCCGCGCUGGAUCGAAGGACUUCUAUCCUCGGCGUCCUCGAAUGAUGAGAUGGCCAUGUUCCUACGCACACUGGGUCAAGUUGUGUAUGGGUUCAAAGCUGAGAUCCUCGACAUCCUCGAUCAGCUGCUCUCUCCUCUCUUCCAGAGGGUCUUCACCGGCUUGUCUCAACAGGCUGCUGGGACAGAUGACGAGAUCCAACUCCGAGAGCUGAAACGAGAGUACCUCAACUUCGUCCUGGUUAUUCUCAACAACGACCUUGGAGCCGUCCUGGUGAGCCCAGCCAACCAAGGCAUCUUCGACACGUUCAUCACCUCCAUCACGCGCUUCUCCUGCGAUAUCUUGGAUCCGCAGAGCGCGCGGUUGGCAUUUUCCGUUCUGGUCAAAAUGACGAACAUCUGGGGUGGACCCGACAUGGCGAACUUGGGCGCAGCAGAUCUGGCACCUCAGCCUACGCUUCCCGGCUUCGACGGCUUCAUCCUCUCGCAGUUUGCGCCUCUGCCGUGGACAUUGAUCGCUACCGACAGAUUCAACGCCGCGGAUGCACAGAUGCGGAGUGUGCUGCAGGAAGCUGCGAGUCUCCAGUGGGCGAUUCUGCGGAAGAACGGGAUCCUUUACCAGAACCAACUGCAGGACGAGCUUAGGGCGCUGGGCUGCAGUGACGACGGCGUUCAGUCGUACUUUGGUAGUAUCGGCGGGGAUCUCGUCGGGUUUAGAAAGUUUUUGGUGACGUUCGUGCAGCAGGCGAAGCGGUGA